AUGGCGCUUAAUUUUAUGGGAAGGAAAUUAAGGAACCACACAAUCGCCCCGGCAACAAAACAACGUGCCUGGGAGACCACCAACUUAUCCAAAUUCCCAGACGACUCUCCUGGUUUGACCAGAGCGACUCAGACUCGUCCCACGGUGACGGUUCUAGAGGAGUUGCCAGGUAGCGUUCCGGACCUGAGGGAGGAUGUAAAGAGAUGUCAGCCAUGCACAAUCCACAACACACGCCUGGACCCAGAUACAGACACAGGUAAAAUCCGAGUGUUCUGUCGGAUAAGGCCUUUGAAUCGGGCAGAGGGAAUGAAAGGGAGUAACUUUAUCGUUUCUUGCUUGGAUGAUUACUCUGUCGUUUUGGAAACUCCAAGGGGGCAGAGGGAGUUUCAGUUUGACAGGAUUUUUAACGCCGAGAGUACUCAGGAGGAGGUGUUUCAGGACUCCAGUAGGUUAAUCCAAUCAGCGAUUGAUGGCUACAAUGUCUGCAUCUUCGCCUAUGGCCAAACAGGCUCAGGAAAAACAUUCACCAUGGUAGGCGACAAAGAGCGAAAGAACCCAGGAAUCAUACCCAGAACUUUCACCAAGAUUUUUGACAUCAUACAGGAGAAUCAAUCCAAAUUUGAGUUCAAGGUUUCAGCCUACAUGUUGGAGCUGUAUAAUGACAGGCUACAGGACCUCUUUGUGAGCCCAGCCGAAGCGUUCGGCAAAAAGAUCGAAAUUAAGAAGGACAAAAAGGGCCUUGUGUUUGCUCAGGGAGCCGAGACCAAAGAGGCAGCCAGCGCAGGAGAGCUUUUCGCGCUUUUCGAACAGGGCUGUGCCAACCGACAUAUCGCAGCCACAAAAAUGAACAUGGAGAGUUCUCGCUCUCACCUGAUCGUUGGGAUCAUGGUAGAGAGCAGGAAUCUGACCAAUGGAAGUGUGAGUUUUGGGAAAAUCAGUUUGGUCGACCUAGCAGGGAGUGAACGGGCCGCAAGAACAGGAGCCAAAGAUGACCAGCUUAAGGAGGCAAACUCCAUUAAUAAGUCUCUGAGCGCUCUGGGUGAUGUCAUUUCCGCCUUGUCGACGGAGCAGCCCCACGUCCCAUAUCGAAACAAUAAACUGACUCAGGCCAUGCAGGACUCACUGGGGGGCAACGCUAAGACACUCAUGUUCGUCAACAUCUCCCCUGCUGCCUGCAACAUGGAGGAGACCCUCACCUCACUCAUAUAUGCCACUCGGGUAAAGGCAAUAACGAACAAUGCCCAGAGAAACAUGGACAACAGAGAGAUAGCCCAGCUCAAAGAGGUUAUUCUGAAGCUAAGAACCGGACAGCCUGUUGAAGAGGAAGAUGUAUAA